UGUUGAGAUAGUUAAUUUAAUGUCUGCGUCAGUUGUUUAGCUUCGAAAGAUGAGCUGGCAACAAGCUCUUAUUGUGAUUGUGUUUGCCUUUCAAGGCCUCUCAUUAGCUUACGCCCAAUUUCAAAUAACUGAAGAUGACACAGGCUUUGAGAUCAGUUUCAACGGUUUGAAAGUAUUGGAGCAUUUGUCAGAGAGGCCUUUGUUGGAGCUGGGCAAUGGCGAAUUUGAGGCUGUAUUUCAUAAGGGUGAUUAUGACAUCAACGAUACCAUUAAUGAACGAUUUCCUCUCCCAAACUGGACGAUAGAUCAAGAAGCUUCCGGUCCUUUGACGGUAACCUUGACCAACGAAGAUGGCUUGGGAAUGAAAAUCAAUCUGGAUGAAGAUUCGAUUAGCAAAAAUCAAUUCAGUCUUGUUUUCGAUUACGAUGCCUUUGACAACGAGGGGAUUAAUCGCUACUUCUUCCGCUUACCCUCCACCCCUGAAGAGGCUGUUUGGGGAGGGGGCGAGCAAUACACGUGGCUUAACAUGAGAGGACGAACUUACCCCAUGUGGGUGAGGGAACAAGGCUUUGGGCGCAACAAAUCUAGUCUCCUCACCCAGAUUGUCGACGAGUUUGCCAAAGCUGGAGGAGAUUUUCACACCACCUAUUGGCCUCAAGCUUCGUUUCUCUCAUCAAGGAAAUACUACGUCGAGCUGACCACUCCCACAUAUUCGGAGUUGCAAUUUUCUCCUGAGGGUGACGAUGAGGUUGGACAUUAUAUCUAUUGGCACUGGACCCCGGUCAAGGGUGAACCGUGCCGUUCGUGCAAAAUGAAUUUCUUAGUUGGAGGCUCAUUGAUGGACAUAGUCCAAGAGCUGAAUCCUGGACAGCCCCCUCUACCUGAUUGGAUCCAUGAUGGCGCCAUCCUUGGCGUUCAAGGUGGAACUGAAGAUAUGCUCGGAUACCUAAGACAAGCUCAAGACGCUGGAGCCAAAAUCAACGGACUCUGGAUUCAAGAUUGGUCGGGGAAAAUUGUUACAGCAUUGGGAACAAGAGUAUUCUGGAACUGGCGAUGGAACGAGACUUGGUAUCCGAAUCUGGACACGGUAAUCCAAGACCUAAAAGAAGAAAACGUCCGCGUUCUCGUCUACAUUACCCCUCACCUGAACGUUGAGGGUGACGUUUACGAAUCGUUGUCGAAUGAGAAUAUUUGGCUGAAUCGUAAAGAUAGUUCUCGAUUGGUCCAGGACUUUGGCCAAUUCAAUGUCACGACCGUUGACAUAGUGAAUCCUGAUCCGGAUUGCAAUUGUCUUAACCCAGCUCGCAUCAUGUACAAGGACCUGAUGAAGAAGAAUAUUUUGGAUUUGGGGAUAGCAGGUUGGAUGGCCGAUUUUGGGGAAUACACGGAAGUGGACGUACGAACUGCAUACCCGGGAAAGUGGUGGAGUGACGAGGAUCAUGGCGAGAUUUUGCAUCAAAACUUUGCUCAAGAAUGGUGCUCUUUGAACCGGGAAUUGGUCGAGGAAAAUGGCGUGUCGGAUGAGAUCAUGUUCUUCAUGCGAGCCGGUGGAUUGCGCUCGAAAUAUUCCAUUUCCAUGGGCUGGAGCGGCGAUCAAAACGUGGAUUGGACCCAAUCGGAUGGCUUGAAAUCGUCCAUCGUUUCGAGUUUAUCUUUAUCAUUGGGAGGAAUGGGACUCAGUCAUAGUGACAUUGGCGGUUACACUGGGAUGCCACCUUUAGGAGAAAUCCGGUCCAAGGAACUGCUUUUAAGAUGGGCCGAAUAUUCCGCUUUCACGCCCGUUAUGCGAACUCAUGAAGGGUCUCACCGAACUUUUAAUCAUCAGGUUUACACGGAUGAGGAUACAAUGACCCAAUUUGCCCGCACUACUCAAAUCUUUGCGGCGUUGAAAGAAUAUUCCAAGGCCACGGUACUCCAAAAUGCGAAUGAAUUCACUCCAGUAAUGCGUCCCUUGUUUCUAGAGUUCGAUACUGAUGGUGAUGCCUAUCACGAGGAUUAUCAAUAUAUGUACGGUGAUGAUUUGCUCGUGGCUCCAGUGACUGAACCAGGCAUGACUGAAUGGGAGGUCUAUCUCCCUGGACCACAAGACUGGAUCUAUUUAUGGGAUGACGAAGCUACAAUUGUUUUGGGACCAAAGCGAGUCAUUGUACCUGCGCCUAUGGGACAGACGCCCGUUUUCUACAAAGCUGACUCGAAGUGGGUGACCCUGUUUCAGGAAAUCAACCGACAGUUCUCGUUUUCAAAUUCACUAUGAUGUCCAAUGGCUUUCCAAUAGUGUAUUAUAUUUGCUCUACACAACAGUGUUCACA